AUGGCUUCGAGAUCCAGACGUAUCGAGCCGCGCUCGGGCAUUGCCUGUUCUGACGAUACCGUGCUAGCAUUACUACCCAAAGAUCCCACAUAUAAUGAACCCACGGAAAUCGCUACACAAGAGCGUCGAAGGUACGAUUCUAGUUCAGUUGUUGAGCCACCAUCGCCGGCUUUAUCGAGUGGACCUAUAAUACGCCAGGCAACUGGCUCUGAUUUACGCCGAGCAAGAUCUUCUCGUCGCCCUCAAAUGUCAGUUCAGCCAACCUACAGACAAAUAUCGUCUCAAUCUCAACCUGUGGAUGUUGUGGAAUUAUGGACUGGAAAUUUUGAACCUCUCGAAAUAAAUCUGUAUGAACCAACAUACGUGCCAAAUUUCGACCAUGAAUGGUCAUACGAACAGUUCUUUGAACAAACCUACCAUCCCCACGAGCUCCGCACUGCCGCGACCGCUGUGUCUGCCAUCCUUACGAGUCCAGCUCCGAACACUGCAACUGCCAUCUUCACUAGCUCCGCGCCUAACGCUGCGUCUGCCGUCCUUACAAGCACUGCUACAGACGCUGCGUCUGCCGUCUUCACGAGACCUGCUACAGAUGCUGCAUCUGCCACCCUCACGAGCUCCGCACCCAGCGCUAUAUAUGCCGUCCUCACGAGCCCUACUACAGAUGCUGCGUCUGCCAUCCUCACGAGCUCCGCGCCCGACGCUGUGUCUGAUAUCCUCAGAUGCUGCAUCUACCACCCUCACAAGAUCCGCGCCCGACGCUGCGUCUGCCGUCUUCACGAAACCUUAUAUAGAUGCUACGUCUGCCGUUCUCACGGAAUCCGCGACGGACGCUGCGUCUGCUGCAUGCUAGAAUUGCGCGAUCCUGACGCGAGUUUAACAUGCUCUACACAACCAGAAACCGAGUCAAAUCUCUUAGGAAGAUCGCUCCGAGAUGUUCCCAGCACAUUCUUCUACAGUUCUUCCAGUCGACUAUUGAAAACCAUGUUAAACAUACCACUAUCUGGGCUUCUUCCCAAUGGUGUUGCAACACCAUUAACAAAACAAAAGCACAUUGAUGUUGAGCAGUUAACUCACAAAGAGAUGGGACUUAUUCGCAGACAAGUAGUUUGUGGCUAA